CCUUCACCACUACAAGAAGCUUUCUUUGAUGUACCACGAUCCAAUUUUCGUUUUCGUUACAAUGGAUUGUCACACAGCGAAAACGAUCUACUGUUGUAGAGGCUCUAGCAAGGGGCCGAAGAUAGACGCCGACAUCCACAAAUGAUACCUGAGUAUCUAAAAUCUAAGAGGGCCUCGUCAAGUUGGUUGCCACCACUUUACCACCACUCUCACACUCUUAUCACAUGUUGUUACCAUUGGCCUGGACAUCUUCUACAUAGUACACUGGCAUCAGUCCAUCCACAGGAAAACCGGGCUCCAUUGUCACAAUCUCAAGACUGACGUCUGACCGGCCCCACCAGACCAGACAGCAGAGAGCAAUCUCACUUGUCAUCGGCCCUUACAGUGACGCCAGUGACUAAGUGUUCUGGCCUUCCAGAUACUGAAACACAUGGGUCUAACACGCCGAGAUUUUUCGGAAUCGAUAUCGGCCACCCUUCGGAGUCAGCGGCAACGCAUCGUGAUAUCAUGAAUAAGUACAUCUAUGAGCCAUUUCCCAUAGUUUAUCGUGUUUUCGUUUAUGGAAACUCAAAUACUCGCCAAAGGGACAAUUGUCCUACAGCCUGAUAAAACAUAGAAUCAUCAAACAAUCUAUUUACAACUACCUACAAAGUACUUACAUCAUGCCGCACUCUCUGCCGUCGUCGCCCAAGUCGACACCGUCGGAUGGUCGUAACGGCAUUACCAAAUUCACCAACUGUCGUAUUUUUAAGAACGACAAGUUAGUCGAGGAGGACCUAUGGGUCAACUCCAUCACUGGCAAAAUUAUUAGAAGCCAAGCUGCUUUCUAUGAUGAUUUCAUCCUCCCGGACGAGGUUGUCAACCUUGGUGGUCGUAUCUUAUCGCCGGGUCUUAUCGAAUCCCAGCUAAACGGUGCCUUUGGUUUCAACUUUUCUACUCUUCUCGAGCCUGCCGUGUACGCGAAGAAAGUCAAGGAGUUGAAUAAGCAAAUGGUCAAGACCGGCGUUACGUCUUACGUCCCUACUAUUACAAGCCAACGGAGCGAACUCUACAAACGGGCACUACCACAUCUCGCCCCGUCCGGAUACUUGCAGGUUGCCGAAGAUGGAGCGGAAUCGCUUGGCGCACACUGUGAAGGUCCAUUCUUGAGUCCCACCAAGAACGGAGUACAUGACGUAGAUGUGCUGCGGGUAGCCGAGACAUUUGAAGACUUGGAAGAUUGCUACGGCGCAUCAAACCUAAACCCCGAAUCCACAUUUCGUCCUCUCCCGAUCAAGAUGAUAACUGCCGCCCCGGAGCGGGGACAAAUGACGAAGCUCAUCCCCGAACUUACGAGCCGUGGCAUCAUCUACUCAAUUGGCCAUUCGGAAGCAACGUACGAAGAGGCAUCAGCUGCUGUCGCUGCAGGUGCGACAAUGAUCACUCAUCUCUUUAACGCUAUGCGACCUCUGCAUCACCGAAACCCCGGCAUUUUCGGUGUAUUGGGUCUAGCAGAAAGCUUGCCCCGCCCCUAUUUCGGUAUUAUCGCUGACGGAGAGCACUUACAUCCCACAACAAUCAAGAUCGCUUUCAACGCUCAUCCGGAUGGUUUCAUCCUUGUCACAGACUCCAUGCACCUCGUGGGUCUACCAGACGGCGCUUAUCAGUGGACCAAUGGCGAGAAUACGAGUCAUAUCUUGAAGAAGGGUAACAAGCUGAUCUUAGAGGGUACCGACCGAAUCGCUGGAAGUUCGAUAACACUCAUCGAAUGCGUGUCUAAUUUCCUCAAUUGGUCUGGCGCAAGCAUACCCCAGGCCCUAAAGGCUGUCACAACGACACCGGCUGCCAUGCUAGGGCUGCAGGGUAUCAAGGGCUGUCUCGACGACGGCGCAGAUGCGGACAUGGUCGUCUUAUCUGAGAGCCCUAAGACAGGUGGCGGUAUUGACCUCGUCGUGGACGAGGUCUGGAAAUUCGGUACCAAAGUUUUUACUCGCUAAUCCUUACGCAUAGACAAAUGUAAGAAGGGAUAGAGGGAACGGCCCAUAAGUUACCUAGACAUGAUGAGACAAUUUUGUAUUUAAAGAAUGGUUAUGGAGUUAGGUGGUCUAUUCGUAUCAACGUCAAAACGUUAUCGCGAUCGGGUUCAUAUAUCCCUAUACAUGGUAGACUGAGGAUCUGGUAUACCCCUAGUGGCUUUGUUAGAAGUAGGCCCAUUAAAGGCGUCCUGUUAAAGAGCUUUAAUUAUCAAUAAACAUGUAUAUAUUCACGUA